ACACACUGAGAGGAAGUGAUGGGAGACUACCUCAGUCCCUGACGCGUGUGUCGCUCACGAUAUUUUCAAUGUGAUUUUUUUUUUUUCUCUCUCUCUCUCUCCAGAUUUUUUGUUUUUGCUUAGAAUAAAACUGUUCCUUUUUUUAAUUUCUUUUCUUCAGACAGAACUGGAUGUGAAACAGGAGGUGAAAGCGCGCCGUACAAUUCAAUACCAGUUUCCAUAUUGGGUAGCAAUAAUCUGUGUUUGGGAAAUUGCGCAUCGAUUGUCCGCUAUCUGAGCCAUGGCAGAGGAGUGAGGCGCCUUUGCCAAAAUGCCUGCUACCUGGGAUAUAACUUUUUCACGGUGGUCCUAUGGAAUAUAGUCCAAUUUUACACAGUCUACAUGUUGUGCCAUCAUCCCACGUGAAAAACAAACUCUUUGUUUUCUGCAUAAUGCUGUCCCUUUGGGUGUAUAUGAUUUAUUGCUGUGUCGGCUACUGCUCAACUAUGCCAAACCCGACGUACGGCACGGUGAGCAGACACCGAAACGAUGCAGAGGUUGACAAUCGGGAGCCCUCUCUGGGGGCGUCCAGGGACUUACUGAAUAACGAAAACGAUUUGGACAGCAGAGGAGAAGAGUGGGACGAAAUCAGAGGCGAGGCGAAGGCGCCGGAUGAUAACGCCAUCUCAGGUUUCCUCAAUGAGUCGGAAAGUAAAAAGUUGCCCCAGGCCAUCAUCAUCGGGGUGAAGAAAGGAGGGACCCGGGCACUGCUGGAGUUUCUGCGCCUGCAUCCGGACAUCAGAGCGGUGGGAGCCGAGCCGCACUUCUUCGACCGCAACUACGACAGGGGACUGGAGUGGUACAGGUUAACUGCUCAUCUACUGAAUGCACGCUCAAAUCAAGGUCUUCUGAGUUCUACACGGGAAUUGAUGCCAAAGUCAUCAGAGGGCCAGUUGACCAUGGAGAAGACCCCCAGCUACUAUGUCACCAAGGAAGUCCCUGCUCGAAUCUACUCCAUGUCUAAAGACACAAAGCUAAUUGUAGUCGUCCGGGAUCCUGUCACAAGAGCCAUCUCAGACUACACCCAGACCCGCUCCAAGAAGCCAGACAUCCCCUCUUUCGAGAGCCUGACCUUUAAGAACGUGUCAGCAGGUCUGAUUGACACUACGUGGAGCGCUGUCCAAAUUGGCAUGUAUGCCAAGCACCUUGAGCGCUGGCUCCAAUUUUUCCCUAUGGAGCAGCUGCUGUUUGUUAGUGGAGAGCAUUUGAUUAGCGAUCCUGCAGGUGAGAUGGCUCGCGUUCAGGACUUUCUUGGUCUCAGGAGAGUGGUCACGGAAAAGCAUUUCCACUUUAACCCAGCAAAGGGCUUCCCCUGCCUUAAGAGACCUGAGGGGAACAGCAAGCCACACUGCCUGGGCAAAACCAAAGGCAGGACCCAUCCUAAUAUUGACCCAGAGGUGGUGCAGAGGCUAAGGGACUUUUAUAAACCCUUUAAUAGCAAGUUUUACCAGAUGACUGGUCAUGACUUUGGCUGGGAUUGAGAUGAAAACUAUGAUGACAGACUAAUGCUGGUACCUUGUCUGUGUUUUUGUUUGUUUUUUGUUUUUUAAAUAAUUUUAUCAUUCUGGAGAUAUUGUUAUACAGUGUCUGUACAGUAUUUGGUGGAUAUGUAAAAAGUUCAGAAGUCUAUUUUAUGAUAAUUUAUUGUUAUGAUAUUAACUCACUAAGCUGCCUAACCAGGUUUAUUCAUGAUCCACGGCACACUUUCUGUCCAGCUUUUAUUCUCAUUUACAUACAUAGACAUUUUUAUAAAAGCACAGUGUUUUUACGGGUAUUACGAGCAGGGUCAGUAUCCUUCUUUUUAUCCAUAAUUUUGGCUUCAUGUGGAUAACCGCUUCUUUUUCUUUUACUUUCCCAAAUGCCGCUUUCGCUUCACCUUAAACUGAAUGAGAUCCAACUUUGCAAAUAACUGGUAAUAUCCCCUUAACAUUUUCUUGACCCUCAGAGGUCUAUGGGCCCACUUAGUCAGGUCGAUACAGGCCUCAGCUGAUCCAGUACCACUUGCCAGGUGGAUCAAUACAGUAAUAGCUCCUAAUCAUGUCAGUUAGACCUGAGUGAUGCCACUGCCUUGGUCUCUCGAGCACUGCAAUAAAACAUGGAUCCAUUAAUGGCAGUAAGUUUAUGGUUGACCCUUGAGCCAACUUCAAGUUAACAGAAUAAUAUAAAUUUCCUCUGCAAUGUUUUGACUUAAUCACUAUUUAUACGGUUUCUACGAAGGAAUGUUGAUUAGGAUCCAAUAGAGGCUCCUGUCAUGACCCUUUUUGGAGGUUUUUAUCCUUUUUCCAAAAACCUGCUGCACACGCUUCAUAAUGCGUAAUCAUUUAUUGCUUUUUCCAAACAGAAAAUGAUUCAUAUGACUCAGUCACAUUCACUGAUCUGUACUGAAAUGGCACAUACGGAUUAUUCUGUGAAGCUGUUUUUACCACAGGUGAUACUAGAAGUGUUUAAUGAUGCCCUUACCCUGGAUACAGCCGCUGAUGAUGAGUGAUGGCCACGUGAAAAUAAGCAAUUCUUUAAAUAUUUUUAAUUCUACUUUCAGUGAUAGCUGAAGAGAAUUAAAGCCAACCUACCUUCAGCUAAUAUUUAAGUUUCAUGUAUGGUUGAGUUUUAUUCAACCUUUUUUUUUUUUU